AUGAGCAGGUGCUUGCGCCCCGGCCGUAUCCUGCCAUUCGGUCGCAUAUCAACUGCCGCGCGCCUUCCUUUUAUCCCAUAUCGAACAGUCCUGCCCUUCUCCCGGCUGACAUGGAAUCGACAUACCCGCCAUUCCCGCCACGCAGAGAGGGACUUGAACUACCCGGACGAGGUUCAUUUCCUUCGUAAAUAUAACGGCGUCGCACACCCUCCCUUAAACCACAAUCAGAAGAAGGAUAUCAAUGAGUGGAUUCGAUUGCUGAGAAAAUGCACACCGUCAAAGUCACAGAAGUCUUCCAGGCCUGCAGGCCAGCCUGGGUCGCUUCAGCCACUCCGCGCAUCCAAAAACAUCCUUGAUCGGACCCAUGCGUUGAUGGGGUGCUGUUGGGAUGCGCGAGUUCAUUAUCAAUUUGAGCUUAUCGCCCAUCUUGGUUUCGAGUUGAAGGACUGGUCAACUGUGCACUCACUUUUGAGCAGCAUGAUUGAUACCUAUGAAUUAAUAACUCCUCACAUGCCACCUAAGCAGGCAUUGUCUGGACUUGAUUGGAAACGGCCUUAUCGCGUUCGUCAUAAAAAUGAGCCCCUCCCUUCUCCAAACUCUCUUGACGCCAAAGAGCCUCCCUUGACCGAAAGAGUCACGCUCAGCAAACUGACAGGAGGAAUAAAAGGAGGCUCACCUUGGAAGUUUGCUCGUCUGGAGCAUAUUCCAUCGCCAAAUAAUCUCUCUCUCGACAGUCUGACUGUGGAACCUGCAGCGAGGUACUUCGGAGAUAGGAUCUUGGCCGAGAUAUUGGCAAAUCUUGGCUCUUUGGUUUUGCAUUCUGCAGAAAGCAGCUCGGAGCAGUCUCAGCAGGCAAUGUCCUGUGUGUUUCGAAUCCUUGCACGUCUGCACCAUACAGGCAUGAUCUCUGACAAAGUCUAUCAAUAUCCAACUCCAAAUCCUAACCACCUCGUGUUCCGCCCUCCUGGACUCCAGCUCCUUUCGCGUCCUAUUAUGGACGUUCUGUCAGAUGCAGCGUGGCACGAACAUGAAGCGAAUGUGGCCGCUGCCGCUGCCGAUGCAGGAGAGUUGUCGCCUUUCAUUCCAUACAAGAUGGGCAUUCAAGAACUAGGUCCAGAAAUUUGGCUGGAGUUUAUCAUGUGGUGCUGUGUCGAGCAUGGGUUCUGCAAGACGGGCACAUUGCUUGCCCAUCAGAUGACUCGGAUGGUCACUGAACAGCCAUGGAAGGCCGAGAGCUGGGUGCCCCUCAUUCAAGACAUGGACGCAGUACAGCAAACCAAUAUCAGUGUCGAACAAUCUUGGCGCCGCCCAGGUCAGGACCCGAAACCGCAAACGUCGACACGUCGCAAAACGCCCUUGCUGCCGUUUAACGGACUCGGAAAGAAGACCAUCAGUACCGAGGUGGUGUCUUCAUUACGGAGUGGCUUGACAAACAAAGCUUACGUCGGUGUGGGUGACCAUGGAUACCUUCUUGACGAUCUCUUCAAACUAUCGGCCCCAUUGGCCAAAUUGAUAGAUCCACCUACGUCCACAACAGGGCUGCGGCCUACCAACAUGCAUACUAACUGGCACACCUUACGCAUUCUUAACUCGGGCUGUCUACAGCCUUGGACUGAUCCAGUUGCCUUUGAAUCGCUUCUGAGAUCUCAUAGCAAUGUCGUUCCUCUGUGGGAUGGAAAUGGAGCCGAGACCCCUGACGAAUUGGAGGAGCGCUCACAGGAGCAUUUUUACAACGAGACUGCAGCAUUCAGCGGUCUGAUUGAAUACAAUCUCACCUAUUAUGCACGAGACAAACAAAGCGGCCGCCUCUUCGCUGAAUUUGCCUGGCUUCAGAAUAUUUCCGACGCAAGUAAAGCACGGCACAUGCAGACAUUUUUCGAUCGUUUGAGCGAAGCUCGCACCGAAGAAGACCUCUCGUUCUUCGACUCCGGACACGUUACCCCUUAUCCACGUGGAAUCAUUCAUCAAAGCUCUAUCCCACAGGUGUCCAACGUCACAUUUGCUAACCUUCUCGAUGUGGCUACCUUGACCCAUGCAUUUGACUUUGGCCGUCAGCUACUGCUACAAGAUGAGAUGGAUGGCCCCGCUAUUCCGCCCGGUGCAUAUGGCUCUCAAGCCCUGGCACCGGCCCUUCUUAGAUUUGCAGUGGCAACGAAGGAUGCCAGCCUUGGCCAAAAGGUCAUCUCGUCUCUUCAAGUUCCUCUUUCCGUCAACACCAUCAAGUGUUUGAUCAACUACCAUAUCUCGCAGCAGGGCUGGGAUCGUGUGGAAAUGAUGCUUAAGUUCUUGGUUGACCACCGAGCCAAGUCCUGGGGCUAUAGCAAUCUUGCUACACUCGCCAGCUCAGUCAUUCGACUUGAACACAUUCUCCGACAGAAGACAGCAGCCGGCACAGCAACCCAGGUUGAUGUAGACCAUGUGACUUGUGCCACCGACAUCAUGCUCCGUCUAUAUCGUGGCGAGUGGCCUGCUAGCCCCGAUCGUCCCAAAGUUCGCUUCUUCCAACUGCGGGCUCUAUCCCGCAUGCACCGCCUGCUGUCAACUAUUCCGGGACCCAUGCCGGAAAUUUUCAAGCGUCUGGAAACCCCUGAGGAGAUAACAGGUCACCACAAGCUCCCACUCGUGCCCCCACAAUCCUUCCACGAGAUCUUCUCCGCCAUCGUUGAAACGCAAGGUGCCAUUGUCGGCAAGCGAGUCUGGGAUCAGCACGUCAUCGACUGGCUCUCACCAAAGCGAUCUCGCCAGGCCCCAGGCGGUGUUUCACGCCUCCUCUUCAGCGACGAGCGAAACCAAGACUCCGGCAAACCAGACUGGUCUCCCCAAUGGGUGAACGAGAUCCAAAAGAAGUCCACAUUAGCCGAUCUGAACACCGUCCGUAUCCUCGCGCGAGCCGCUUUCCGGGAACACGCCGCCAUGGUGAAGACUCAGCAAGACAGAAAACACGCCGCCAGCAACUCCGGCAUCUUAGAUAUCGACGAUUGGUCCUCUCCUUCCUUCUCCUACGACCCUACAGAACCCUACGUCCCCUCCAUCUCCCGAGAUCAAUACCCCUACCAACGCACCGGUGGCCGACCACCCAAAACAGAACUGGAAGCGAUUCUCGACUUCUGUCUUGAAACUUUCCUGCGCUUCGGUCUCCCUGAAGAUCAAAUCGAUGCCGAAAUUCCGGGCCACAUGCGUCGCAUGCAGAACAGAGGUGUCUUCACGUACCCGUUGCGGAAGCCUGUCAGGCAGCGAAUCGCGUCUAACCAGAAUGAUCCCUGGAUCGAAUCCUCCUGGGAACAACCCUUGGACAUAACCGAAGAUCCCAGUCAUUAA